UCUCCCUCUCCCUGUCUCUCUCUCCCACUUGCUCCUCAUCUCUCCGUCCGUUAUUAUUCAUUUCUGUGUAUGGGCAAGGAGGGCUACCAUGGACUCUUUGGGUCUUUUUAUCCUUCUAAUGCUUCUGUGUUUCCAGUGGACAGCUGCCCAUGCUGCUGAUGAAAUUCCUUGGACCUACAAAGGCUUGGUGGGUCAGAGUGAGUGGUCUGACUAUUUCCCUGAAUGUGGAGGUACUUCUCAGUCCCCUGUCGACGUGGUAACCACGCAGACUAAAUAUGACCCCGGUUUGAUGCCUUUGACCCCACUGGGCUACGAUCAGCAUGGCAACAGGCCCUUCUCUUUGUACAAUAACGGACACACAGCUGUGGUCGAGCUGCCAGAGUGGAUGGGUAUCGGGGGUCUACCGUGGCUCUUCACAGCUGUGCAAUUACAUCUUCACUGGGGCAGCGGCGGCCCGAGCAACGGGGGCAGUGAACACACCAUCAACGGACUAAGCGCAGAUGCAGAGCUGCAUGUAGUUCACUACAACUCUGAGCUCUACCCCAACAUGUCCACAGCCAUGAUGAAGAGAGACGGCCUGGCGGUUUUAGGAAUUCUCAUUGUGACAGGUGAGGAGACAAACCUGGCAUUUAACAACAUCAUCAACUACCUGAGCCGCAUCAGACAUGCUGAUCAGAAGGCUUUCAUCCCAGCAUUUGACGUCCAGUCUCUGCUCCCCAAGGACCUGGGACGCUACUACCGCUACAACGGUUCACUUACAACACCGCCCUGCUACCAGAGUGUCAUCUGGUCUCUGUUCCAUGAGAGGGUUCAAAUCUCAAAGGCACAACUGCUGAGGCUGGAGACGUUACUUUACUCGAGUAAAUCUGACGAGCCAGACAGGAUGCUGCUGCAGGACAACUACCGCACAACACAACCGCUCAACCACAGGGUGGUCUUCUCCUCCUUCUCAGCAGAAUCAGGAAAAGAGCUCUCUUCUGGUGAAGUCACUGCUAUAGUGAUAGGAGUGAUGUGUGGCUGUGUUGGACUGGCAGUGAUCGUUCGCUUCAUCGUGAAGACAAUACGAUUUUUUACACUCCUCCAUCUUGAAACAGUUGCGGUAAACAGCUCUACUUCUAGCUGGGACGUCCUACACAAUAACCGGCCAGCUCCCAUGCCAAGGUUGAAAGAGCCUGAGAAAGCAAAAGAGAUCAAACUGGAUGUGGAUCUUAACUCGGCAUCUGUAGGAGAAAAGAAAGAAGAAGCAUCACCAUCCCCUCAGACGGAGCCGUAGCUGACACCACGGUCCAACUCGGCUGUUCUUAUUCAUGUCCAGACACUCGUACACACUUUUCAUCAACGAUACACGUCAGGAAAGCAAGACAAGUUCUCACUUUUAAGCUUAAGGAAGAAAAAAGCAUUCUAUAAAACGUGAAGUCAACUGGGUACAGUUUUUGUGCUGCCCGGAUAAGUAGCCUGUUUCUGUUGUCUCCAACCAAAUGCAGAGAUGUUGGAGUAUUUUUUAUUUUUUAUUUCAGUUUGCACAGAAACACUUGGUUUCAAUAUGUCGGCUUGUUGGCUCUGAGUCGUAUGUUUGCCCGUGCAAUGCUUGGGAGUCAUGACUGGUUCAUGUAAAUACUUUGUUAAAUAUAUUUUCUGUGUUUCACAUGUUGGGAUUGUCGUUAAAUCUUGUUAUUCCUGCCUCGGAACACAAGCACACUGCACUGUAUGAAAUGUCAUAGACUUCUGAAAUGUUUACCGAGGAAUUCAUAUCCGAUGUCAAGUUAUUAUUUUCUUUUGCACCAGUUUAUAGAGCACUGACACAAAAUGUACAAUGUUGUAAUUCAAACACACUGGAGGAGUGAGUAAUGAAGGCUAUGGUAUUUAAAGUGUAAUGUAUAAACUGAAUAUUACACCUCUGGACUCAUUUUAGCACAUUAGGUUGUAAAUGGAUGAGUUCUAUUUGUAUGUACAUGUGCUCAUUCUACUUGAAAAAAAAAAAGACUUUUCAUGCCACAUAUCAUGUUUUCUUCUGAUGGAUUAUUUUGCUGUUCAUAUCUUGUUUGAGAGGGCACCUCACUAAAAUACUUGAAUAGGAACCAAAA